CUGGACGGGGUAGCGCAUAUCAUCAUCCACUCCGAAGACGCACUAGUAGUAACAGCAGCAGAAGAACAAGUGCUAGUUCUUUGUUUCUAUAGACAUUAGAACAAAGCAGAAUGGGGAGAAUUAAGCGCGAGCAUUUAUCCGUGGAGCAGCAAGGCAUAACAUAUAACCGUACCUCUCAAGAGCAGCAACAGGAGUUCAGAAAGGGAAGAAAAAACAAAAACAUUGACCAAAACAUGAAUCGCAAUACACCACAGAUGCAGGGGCAAGGGGAGCGGAGGACAUUUUUUAAAAGAUUAAUCAAAUUUGCAUUAAAAAACAUAGACCAUAUCGAUACGAUCGAGUUAAGGGUGGGUUAGAGAGCCCUUCGAAUCGAUAGAAAAAAGAAAGAACAUUUGAAGCAAUUGCAAGCAUUCACUACCGUUUCCUAGCCCAGUCCUGCCUUGUUUUUUUUGUAGCAAAGUAGCAAAGCAGAGCAUGCGAUCGAUCGAAUCAGGAUGCGGAUGAUAGAUAUGCCGCGAUAGAAAGGAUACAGCAUUUUUUACAAAAAGAACGCAGGGGCAGCGAUUGGUGGAACCGAGGGAUGGUGGUAUUAGAUUACUUCUAUCUACCAAUCGGUGGAUAUAGGCUGCGUUUGGCAGAAGGAGACUAGUAGUAGAUUGAUCGCAAUAUGAUCGCGAGAUUGCAUUAAACGAAACGCAUUGCAGGAGCGAGCAGCAGCAGCAGCAGCAUUCACAGUAGAUUGUUUUUUCGAUAGCAUUUUUACAUGAGCAUGAUAUAAAUAUAUCCCAUGAAAUCAAGCGAUCAUACUCGCAGCACAAUUACCGAAACACGUCCUAGAAGGCAGAUAAGAAAGGAGGCGGUGUCCAUUGCAUUGCAGUACGAAGGCAAAGACACAACAAUAAGGCCCCAUUUAUCGAGGGAGUUCAAUGUUCCCUCUGUCUCUCUCUCUAUCAUUCUUUCUCAAAUCGAUAGACUUGACGCAACAGUAUCAAAAGCAAUCGAACUUACGAAAGGUAUCAGGUAUCUGCGAUCGCGUGAGCUGCAUUCCCGUGCACCCACAGUCCUUAAGCGAUGAUCAUGAACCAGAGCAUUCCGUUUACCACCUGUAUAAACCUCUGAUCCAUUGCGUUCAAACUUACAUGAUAGAACCAUUAAUGGGUGUGCACGUGUGUUUGCGACUGUGUGUGUUUCUGUCCAUGGGUGUGAUCAAGGAUGCGACCGAAUUGGAUGUUUCUGCCGGAAACCGGCCAGAAGUAUCUCGAUCCGUUCUGUUGUCGUUAACGUGUUGUUGCCGGUGUCUUUGUGGAGUAUUUUCGAUGUUUCGAUCCACGAACCACGUCUCCUUCUCAUCACGAUAAUCUAAAUGUAGAGUUGGUCACCCGAGUUGGUCGAUCGAUCGUACACAACAGCAGCAGCAGCACACACAGAGUGAUCUAGCACACACGACGCGGCAGUAAUAGAAUUUCGCGUAUCAAUCAGUAGUCGUCCGUUGAUGUUCCGAUGUUGUUUUCUGCGCUUGUUCCGCGUUCUUCAAUUGCGUAGUGGAAAAGAUAGAUAGCGAGACGACGCCACCCUCCUUUAACGAGCCAGCAAUAGGACAUCAGCAAGUACACUGCAAACAAGGGCUCGUGCUCGUGUAGUAGGAUAAUAAGAUACUAUUGGGUCCAGCGGAAGCGCCAUCGCCAUCAAAUUGUAAACGUAGCGUUAAGGAAAAUCAGAAAAAAAGAAUCAAACUUGAGUCCCUCUUUAUGCUGUUGUUGAACCUGAUGAAACCGGAGCACCGGACACUCACGUGGCCCUCUGUCUCUGAAUUAGUAUAAACAUGUUUACGAUACGUCGAAAGUCACGUUUGAUAUCUCAUAGACAUAAGCAGCGCACUUAGCACACAGUGGUGCAGCGAAUCCUGUUCGAUUCCUGCAUCAAUUCGUUCCGACGAUAACACGGUUCCGUAACACACUCAUCCUCCUGUUUCCGAAGAACGAUUCUUCCGCCCCCGGAAACACACAAACGAAUAUUAGUGAUAAAUCCGUGGGCUCGGCCGCGACGGGCGUGUGUUUCCAGAGAUUCAGCAUUAACCCUCCCAGACCCCCGAUCCUCUUCCCGUUUUUGCAUUUAUCGAACCUAGAGGAUUUCAAUCAAUAAACGGACAAUGUAACCUGGA